AUGUGGUGUGCUUCAGUACAGCUAAAACACAGGGCAAUGGAGUUUGCAAAAUCAAAUUCAAAAUCAAAAUGUUUCCAGUUGGGAAGUAUCAUCAAGAAAAGUCCAUUCUAUGACACUUCUGGAUUGGUUGUGAUUUUUGUUGAUUCAGAGUCUUCUGUGCUAAACCAUGGCCGAUCUGGACGCAAGCAAUGCAAAGUCUUAAAGGAUCUUGAACCCAAGAUAGGCGUGAAGGAAAGCAAACCCCUGUUCUGUUUUAUUGAAAGUAAUCGCUACAAAUAUAUUCAUGGAAAACUUGUUCCCGAAAAUGAUGGUAGUCGCCCACCCAGCCCUGCAGACUGCUGCUCGACAGUUUUACUGGAAGAAGGUGAGAGGAACACGAAAGCAGUUGGAAUUCUAAAUUUUGAGGCUAAUGAGGGGCAACAUACAUUUAAUCCAGUUUGGUUCAAGAAAUCAAGAGUGGAAGACAUCCUAGGUUUACCUGACAAACCAACCAUCCAAAAAGAAGAGGAUGAAGUGGAUGUGGAGUUCACUCUAACUUGGUUAGCACCAAAUGCGAACUGCACUGAUGGCAGCCCUAAAUACCGUCUGGAAUGGAGGAAGAAACCCUUGACAGCAUCCAGCAGACUUUGCCAGCAAGGAAACACCGAUGAAACUCACUUCAAAAUUACCAAUCUUGAGUAUAACUCAGAGUAUGAAGUGAAACUCUUUGCCUUCAACAGACAUGGAGAAAGUGAGCCAGAGGUCUUAACAUUUAAGACAAAGACUGGUUUACCUGGCAAACCAACCAUUGAAAAUACAGACAGGGAAGUUGAAAAGGAGAUUGUUUUGACCUGGUCAUCAGCAGUGGCCAAUAUCAGUGAUUUUAACUCAAACUACCGUCUGGAGUGGAAAAAGAAACCCUAUACAGCGUCCACAGAAAUGUUUCAACAAGGAAACAUUGUGGAAACUCACUUCAGGAUUACUGGUCUUGAGUACGACUCAGAAUAUGAAGUGAAACUAUUUGCUGUCAACAAACAAGGAGAUAGUGAACCAGAUGUGAGAACAUUUAAGACAAAGAGUGAUGUUUACGAUCCAACUGGGCUAAUCGAUGGAAUUCGCCAAUUGUACAAAACUCGCGAGGGAUGGCUUUCACCGUUUCCAUGGUGUGAAGAGUUUCAGUUUAAUGUGGGUGAUAUUUUUACAAGGCUCAAACUCGUCAGAAGAAAGAAAACGAGAGGAGAUGUCACUGACAAAAUCAUUACCAUGUCGUCUCUCUUGAAUCCGCACGAAGAGUGUUCAGAGCCGAGAACCGUUCUAAUCGAAGGAAAACCUGGUAUUGGUAAAACUACUUACUGUCAAAAGUGCGUUUUCGACUGGGCUACAAGAAAGCAAAACUUCCAGGAUUGCGUCGCACGUAUGAAAGCAGUGUUGCUUCUUAAAUGUCGUGAUAUGAAGUCCGAUAUUUGGGAAGCCAUCGAUGAUCAACUUCUGCCUCAAGAUCUAGAGGAAGGAGUCAAAGAGCAAUUCUUCCAGUUUAUUCGUGACAACCAGUCCAGCAUUUUAUUGAUAUUAGAUGGAGUGGAUGAGUUACCCUCUAGUGAAGUAUCACGAAUUUCAGAACUGAUAGCGGGAAGACUGCUUCCCAAGUGUAACAUAGUAGCGACAGCACGACACGAAGCUGGAGUAAAGCUAAGAAAAUGCUGCGACACCUUGCUUGACCAGUNGUUGGAUUUUGAUGAGAAUGAAUUAGGAAAGCAUGCAAGUGACUUGGCUGCAUUCGGAUUUCUGUCAGUUCAUCCUGGACGUAGUAAGCUGAGGCCGAGUCAGCAUUAUGCAUUUCUACACAAAAGCUUUCAAGAAUGCUUUGCAGCAUUUUAUAUCAGUUGUGAGAUUCAAGAUAAACAAAUAACACCUGAAAUAUUAGUUUCCGACAGCAGAUAUUUCAGUUACCUAAAGCAGGUGCUAUUGUUUUCGUGCGGUAUUUUAGCAGGAGAGUCCGAUCAACUGGCUAUGGCUUUUGUCUCGAGUAUUGGAGACCGGGUUGACCAUCUAGACGAUGAAUCGCAGAGGCCUGUGGCAACUGUACUGGCAGCCAUUAAUGAAUGCAAAAGACAGAGAGAUGAUUUUCACCUGCAGUUAGCAAGAUCGUUUGGAUCAAAUAUGACUAGAGAAUUAGUUCAUCUUCAUCACCAAGAUAACAAAUUGACACUACUCCUCUCUGAGGCACUUAAAGUCAACAAGACUGUGAGCUAUUUGAAUUUUACUGACAGUCAGAUAAGUGAUGCUGAUGCUACAUCAAUUGCUGAGGCAAUGAAAGUCAACAAGACUCUGACCAGAUUAGCUUUGUAUUGCAAUCAGAUUAGUGUUGCCGGUGCUACAGCUAUUGCUGAGGCAAUCAAAGUCAACGAGACUCUGACUACUUUGCAUUUGUAUGACAAUGAGAUAAGUGUUGCUGGUGCAACAGCUAUUGCUGAGUCAAUUAAAGUAAACGAGACUCUGACCAAUUUGAAUUUGUCUGGCAAUGGGAUAAGUGAUGUUGGUGCUACAUCCAUUGCUAAAGCUAUCAAAGUCAACGAGACUGUGACUAAUUUGAAUUUGUCUCUCAAUCGGAUUAGUGAUGCCGGUGCUACAUCAAUUGCUGAGGCAAUCAAUGUCAACGAGACUCUGACUUAUUUGAAUUUGUCUCACAAUGAGAUAAGUGUUGCUGGUGUAACAGCUAUUGCUGAGUCAAUUAAAGUAAACGAGACUCUGACCAAUUUGAAUUUGUCUGGCAAUGGGAUAAGUGAUGUUGGUGCUACAUCAAUUGCUAAAGCUAUCAAAGUCAACAAGCCUCUGACCAAUUUGAAUUUGUCUCUCAAUCGGAUUAGUGAUGCCAGUGCUACAUCUAUUGCUGAGGCAAUCAAAGCUAAUGUGACUCUGACCAAUUUGGAUUUGUCUCGCAAUCAGAUUGGUGAUGCCGCUGCUACAUCUUUUGCUGAGGCAAUCAAAGCUAAUGAGACUCUGACCCAUUUGAGUUUGUCUGACAAUCAGAUUAUUGAUGCUGGUGUCACAUCAAUUGCUGAGGCACUCGUAGUCAACAAGAAUCUGACUAAUUUAGACUUGUCUGUGAGUCAGAUUAGUGAUGCCUGUGCUACAUCUAUUGCUGAGGCAAUCAAAGUCAACAAGACUGUGGCCUUUUUGCUUUUAGAAUGCAAUCAGAUUAGUGAAGCCGCUGCUACAUCUAUAGAGAAGGCAUUCAGAGUUAACGAGACUCCUAUCUUGUUUGACUUGGUACUGAUUCAUAUUAGUGAUGCUGGUGCUCGAUCUGGAAGGGAAGUAAUCCUGAGGCGAGAACCUAGGCAGAGAGGAGGUGAUGGGUAAACAUGGGACAAGAGCUGAGAUGAAUGAAAAUAGUGAGAGGUGGGCGGACUUUUGUGAGGCAAACGAGGUGGUCAUCAGUGCAACGCCGUUCCCCCAUAAGGAGCGUCACAACCGGACAUAGAGAUCUCCUGACUGUGUUAUUGUGAACCAGAUCAACCACCUAGGUUUUAGCAGGAGAUUGAGGAGUUCACUGUAAAACGUUCGCGUUUUGCAUGGGGCAGACGUUGGGUCAGACCACCUUCUGUUCAUGGCAAAAGUCGGGCUAAGGAUUGUCAAAGUGAGAAAAGGGGAAAGUGGCCGAAUGCGUUUUGAGGUCAGCAAGCUGAAAGACUUGGAGGUUAGGAACGGAUUCAAGCUAGAGCUGCACAAUGGAUUUGAGGGUCUGCAGCAGGUGAUGGGGGAGUAGGAGCUGCCAGUGGAUCGUCAAUGAAGGCUAAUCAAACAAGGUUACGUGGAGACCUGUAAGCAGGUGCUGGGUAGGGCAAAGGUGAACAGGAAAGAGUGGAUCAGCAAAGAGAGUUGGGAGAUAAUUGAGCAGGGAAAGGUGGCAAAAAACAUCACAAACAUGGCCAGAACAAAACAGCAGAAGAGAGAUGUACACAAAAGGUACCCAGAGCUCAAUAGGGAGGUGAAGAAGAGGUGCAGGAGGGACAGGAGGGUGUAUGUGGAAUCAGAAGCUGAGAGAGGUAAGGAGGCUGGAAAGAGAAGUGAUGUAAGGACCUUGUACGAGAUCACUAGAAAGUUAAGCGGGAGGUUCCAGAGUACAUGUAAGCCAGUGAGAAACGAGGCAGGCGUGUUGCACAGGUCAGCAGAGGAGGAGUUGCACCGCUGGAGGGAGCACUUUCAAACAGUCCUUAACCGAGAGGGGUCCGUUAACCUGCCAGAGGUAGAGCCAAAUGACGAGCUCAACAACAGGACAGUUCGCAUCUCACGGAUUGAAAUCAAGAAUGCUAAUAAGUAGUUAAAAAACGGGAAGGCUGCAMGAUGUGACAAUAGACCACCUAAGGCAAUUCAUGUGGGAGGGGAACCGUCAGAGGAGGUUCUUUUGGACCUAUGCAACAGGAUAUAGAUAACGAGAAGAUACCAGAGGAGUGGAAGAAGGAUCUGCCAGUCAAACUGCCCAAGAAAGGUGAUCUGAGCUACUGUAAAAACUGGCGUGGCAUUUUGUUGCUGAACAUGACAAGUACGUUGUUUUGCAGAGUGAUCCUGGAGCGCAUCAAGAUCGCGCUGGAUGAAAAUCUGAUGUGAGGAACAGGCAGGCUUCCGAGCCGGCCGAAGCUGUACGGAUCAAAUAGCAACGCUGCGGAUAUUUUUGGAGCAAAGCAUCGAGUGGUAGUCUUUCUUUUAUGUCAACUUUAUAGAUUUCGAAACAGCCUUCGAUAGUAUCAGCAGAGAGGUUUUGUGGAGGUUGUUGCGGCACUACGGGAUGCGUGCCAAGGUGGUCAUCGUCAUCAGAGCUCUCUGUGAAGGUUUUUCCGCGCAGGUGGUACACAAUGGACAGAGGAUCCAACCAUUGAAUACGAGGACGGGGAUGAGACGAGCCUGCUAUCUCUCCUGGUCGCCCUGGAGUGGGUGACGAGGACAGCCUUUGACAGGAAGAGAGGUAUUGAGUGGACCUUUACGACAUCCUUAGAAGACCUAGACUUUGCCGAUGAUCUGGCCCCACUGUCGCUCAGAAUAUAGGAUAUGAGGGAGAGGAUACAGGCCUUGGAGCUAUAUGGUGCGAAGGUCGGCCUGAAGAUUAAUGCCAUCAAGACAAAGUUAAUGGAUGUUGGUACCAAACGUGGCGAUGGCGUGUCGGUUGAUUGAGAUUGAGAAGUGGAUGAGUUUACAUACCUCGGGGGCAUUGUAAGCAAGAAGAGAGGCACGGACGAGGGCAUUCAGGGGCGAAUUAGGAAGGCAAGACAGGCAUUUGCGAUGCUAAGGCCAAUAUGGCGAUCCACAGCAUCAACAACCAAGACCAAGCUGAGAGUCUUUGGGUGAAAUGUAAAGGCGGUGCUCUUCUAUGGUUCUGAAACUUGGAGGCUGACUAAGAUUUUGCAGCAGAAGUUGCAAGUGUUCAUCGCUAAGAGCUUGAGGAACAUCCUGGGAAUUUAGUGACCUAGAAAAAUCAGCAACAAGGAGCUUUGGAGACAAACAGGGCAGCAUCUGAUAUAGUAAGAGAUAAGACAAAGAGCUUGGGCUGGAUCGGCCACACGUUGAGAUGACCAGAUGGACAUGUAGUCAAGAAGGCACUGGAGUGGAACCCACGGGGGAAACGAAAGAGAGGAAGACCCCAGCAGACCUGGCGACGUACGAGAAUUGCAGAGUUAGAGAGGAAACACAUCACGUGGCCGGCAUGAGGCGAAGGGCACUGCACAAAGUACAGAUAGGUGACGCGCUCUAGUUGAGGACCUACGUUCCACUAAAAACGAAGAGGAAUAAACUAAGCUAUUUAGAUGCAGUAGGACCAAUAAGAGACGGUAAAUUAUUACCAUCUUCAACAGUUCUCGUGGUCAAUAUACUAGGUAUUGAUUGACUUACCUUCGCAAAGCUGAAGAAUAAUUCUCUGGUUCUAGAACAGAUUAGAAUACGCUCGAAGCCUGAUAAAAUAUAUAGCUCGACUUCGUACACACGCGAAUUUCAAACAUGGUUCGCUCAUGACGGCCAACUUUUCACCUGUUUGAAUAAAGUUUGGUGUCUUUUUU